AUGUAUAUAAGGGCCACGAAAUUUUGGUAAUUGUGCGGAGUCCAAUCAUAGCAACAGCCGUGGAAUAUCAGUGAAUUGAAAUGAAAGUUACUCUGCUUGCUGUGGUUACGUUGACCGCAGUGGCAUCAAUUGUCGGUGCUGCCGAUCCUGAAUGCGUUUACCGCAAGCUACGUGGCCUGACAUCACACUGGCCAAAUCCCAAAAGCUGCUCCAGCUAUUAUCGUUGUACUAACAAGAACGUGGUGCGCUCCAUCAAAUGCCCCAACGGCAAGGACUACAAUCCGAAGACAGGCAAAUGCUCGGCAGCAAGACGUGGAGUCUGCAAACUGAGCCUAACUGCUCCGCUUUCUGGACUUGCAAACAUCUGUGCCAGCGAGGUCAAUGGCGCCUACUUGCCCAAGUCUGGCUACUGCUCCGAGUUCUACAUCUGUGAUGAGCAGCUGGCAUAUGCACAGAGCUGUGAUGCCGGCAGCCGAUUUGACAUUACGACCAAUGCUUGCAUUCCAGAUCUAGAAUCUGAGUGCUGGCAAAACCAGUGCUUGACGAAGGAAAAUGGUGUGUCCUUCCCAAGCAGCACAUCCUGUGCCAGCUACUACGUCUGCGAGGACAAGGUGGCCACAGUGAAGACCUGUGCCAGUGGCUCCUACUACAGCAACAGUUCGCUCGAUUGUGUCAUUGAUGAGACUAACUCAAACUGCUGGGAGAACUUCUGCAUUGGCAAGACCGAUGGCUCCAUGGUGGCUGAUAAUGACGACUGCAACGUCUUCUACAUAUGCUUUCAACAACAGGCAACUCGCCAAGUGUGCCCCACCGGUAGCUACUUCAGUUGGACCGGCCUGCACUGCAUACCCGGCACCUGCCCCGACAAGGAGUGCACAACUACUCCAGGUACUACAUGUGUGGACGGUACUGUGUCAGCUGAUGAUGAAUUCUGCUACAAGUACAACGUUUGCCAGGAUGGCAGCUGGGAAUCGAAGACAUGUGCAAGUGGACUCUACUUUGAUAAAACAAUUGAGACUUGCGUUAUUGAUGAAAAUAACGUAUGUCCUCAAUGCUCAACCGAAGGUCCAAUAACAGGCAAGGAUUGCGAUAAUGGCGUCAAAGAUGGAGAGACGGUUCUUGAUCCCGAGAAUUGCCGCCUCUACUUCAAAUGCCAGGAUGGCGAAUUGGUGUCCGCAGAUUGUGGACAAGGGAACUACUACGACGACAGCCUGAACAUAUGUGUGGUGGACAGCGAUAAUUACUGCUGCACAAGUACAAUCUGCACGAAUGGAACCGUGUCUGUUGACGCGGAGAACUGCAAUAAGUAUAACUAUUGCGAGAAUGGCAUUUGGAUAUCGAAAACAUGCCCAAGUGGAUCCUAUUUCAAUGAACUUCUUGAGGCUUGUGUUAUUGAUGAGAAUAAUAUAUGCCCACCAUGCUCAACUGAAGGUCCAAUAACAGGCAAGGAUUGCGAUAAUGGCGUCAAAGAUGGAGAGACGGUUCUUGAUCCCGAGAAUUGCCGCCUCUACUUCAAAUGCCAGGAUGGCGAAUUGGUGUCCGCAGAUUGUGGACAAGGGAACUACUACGACGACAGCCUGAACAUAUGUGUGGUGGACAGCGAUAAUUACUGCUGCACAAGUACAAUCUGCACGAAUGGAACCGUGUCUGUUGACGCGGAGAACUGCAAUAAGUAUAACUAUUGCGAGAAUGGCAUUUGGAUAUCGAAAACAUGCCCUAGUGGAUCCUAUUUCAAUGAACUUCUUGAGGCUUGUGUUAUUGAUUCCGAAAACGUUUGUCCACCAUGCUCUACCGAAGGUCCCAUAUCAGGCAAGGAUUGCAUUAAUGGCAUAAAAAAUGGACAGACGGUUAGUAAUCCUGAGAAUCGCCGCCUCUACUUCAAAUGCGUGGAUGGUGAAUUGGUGUCCGCUGAUUGUGGGCAAUAUAACUACUAUGACGACAGCUUGAACAUAUGUAUCCCUAUAGCUGCGGGUGGAGAGUGCAAGGAAUUUUCCGCAGCCCGUGGUGCUGACAACUGUUGGAACUACUUUGCUUGCAUCAAUGGCAAAUGGACUAAGGAGUCCUGUACUGGUGGCUACUACUUUGAUGCCUCCGUGGGCAUCUGUCGCCGGGAUGACAAUAAUCAAUGCCCCGAAAACAAAUGGCUGCAGCCGAACUCGCGCAGCAAACGAUCUGCCUCAUGCAAUGGCUUGGCCGAAGGCACCAUGCAGGCCUCGACAACCGAAUGCGAUAAGUAUGUGCUUUGCCAGAACGGUGAGCUGGUGGAGGGCACCUGUGGUCGCGGCAACAUAUUCAGCAACAGCGUGGGUGCCUGUGUGCCCGACACCGAUGCCACGUGCUGGGUUUGCAACAAUAAGCCUAAUGGCUUCGUGAUGCCCGGCUCCUGUUGCUCGUCCUACGUUACCUGCAACGAUGGAUUGGCGGUGCCUGGUACCUGUGACAGCGGCGAGCGCUUUGACGGUAGCAGCUGCAUCAUUGACGUCACUGGACAAUGCAUUAAUCCUUGCGGCUCCAAAGAUGGCAAUGUAGCCCAUCCCAUCUGCUCCAAGUACUUCGAGUGCACCGCUGGAGUGCCUCAGGUUAUGGACUGUCCCAAGGGCGAAGCUUUCAACACAAAGACAGCAACUUGUUCCGCCACUGUGACUUGUAAUGCAAAUCAGUGCGCUACAGCUGCUGAUGGAGCUACCUUCCCAGAUCCCAGUGACACUACCAGAUUCUAUGUUUGUGUCGACAAUUUUGCACUUAUUCGUUCCUGUCCACCGGACUCGGUCUUUGAUCCCACUCUGUCGAUUUGUCUGCCUCAGCCAAGUACCUCCUGUGAUCAAACCCAGUGCAAGACGACCAGCGUGAACCAGGUCUAUCCACCGCUGACGGGAGAUGACAGCACCUUCUGCCUGUGCGAGACCGACGGUGCCUUCUUGAAGAACUGCAAUGCGGGCACGACAUUCAACGCCACGGCGGGCGCAUGCAUUUUUACGGGACCUUGCGAUCCCCAAGCGUGCGUUGACACCCCGGAGUACACUGUCUCCGUCAACUAUGACGAUCCUAACAGCUUCUGCCUAUGCCGUGCCAAUCAACCCGUAUCAGUGCCUUGCCCCGUCGGCUACACUUUCAAUGACGCUCAACUCAAGUGUGUUCUGGCGCCGCUGGCCGAUCCAAGAUGCUGCACAGGCUACUGCAGCGGUAAGCCAAAUGGAGAUACAUUCGCAUCGAAAGCCUCGGACACUGGCUUCUGUUUGUGUAUGGAUGAGCUGGCCUCGUUCCAUUCCUGCCCAUUCGGUAAAGUCUACGACGCAUCUUUAGGCAUUUGCUUGUUCCCAACUCCAAAUAUCGUGUGUCCCGUGAAUGAGUGUGACUCAACAAUAUGCGCGACAGAGGUUGAAUACACUGUUUAUCCAGUUUGCAAUUCCGUAGCUGGUUUCUGCUAUUGCAAGGAAUCCUGUGGAGUUUACUCGCAGUGCCCUGACGGCAAGGAAUUCGAUGCAGAUUUACUGAUUUGCCUAGAGACAGCGGGUCCUGCUGUUUGUGAUGCGACGCAAUGUGAUACUCUCGCAGAAAACGAGCCGUAUUUGGCACUCAAUGGAACUGAGGGCUUCUGCUAUUGUCAGAAUGGCUUCCCCUAUUAUAGAUCGUGUCCCGAUGGAAAGCUGUUUGAUGUGGAUGUCGGCGCCUGUCUGGAAGUAACGGGUAUUACCAGUCCAUACUGCUGCAGCAGCAAGUGUGCCUCCCUGCCUGAGGAUGCCACAUUUCCCUCAUCGAAUGAAGAGGAUGACUCGAGCUUCUGUCUUUGUCAAGGCGGCGAGGCAUACUACGUGAACUGUCCGCUAGGCAAAUAUUAUGAUGCCACCGUCGACCUCUGUCUCUUACGGGAGGCACCCAGCUGCGUUUGUAAUCCCACGGGAUGUGCUAAAUUGGCGGAUUACUCCAAUUUUGAGGCCUUGAACACGACAGUCGGCUUUUGUCUAUGUCUGGAGGGUAUCGCCGUCUAUCAGGAUUGCCCCGCGGGCAAGAAAUACGACGCCAAGCUAGGCCUAUGCCUGGAUACAUCCACUGGUGCCAAUCUGGAUCUGGCUUGCGAUUCGACGGUGUGCAACAGCCGCACGGCUCUAACGAGCUUUGCAGCCAAGGACACAAUCAAUGGCUUCUGCGUGUGCGAGGCGUCUGGCGUUGCCACCUAUCAGAGCUGUGGACAAUAUCACGUUUAUGAUAAGAUUCUCAACAUCUGUGUUGUGGAUGCCUGUGAUCCGACCAUGUGCAGAACGCGCGUUAAGUACGAUGCGUUCGCUGCACGAAACACAACCAGAGGCUUCUGCGCCUGUGAUACGGUGCCCACCUAUUAUCAUUGCACGGAUGGCCAUGUAUUCGAUGAGACCCUCGGCGUCUGUGUGCACGAAAGGACCUCCGCGGUGGCAGCUUGCGAUCCACGGGACUGCGCCAGACGGACACUGUUCGAGGCGUUCGCGGCUAAGGGUAUGCCCCAAGGUUUCUGCUCGUGCGACGGAAGUCCCGACAUUGUGACAUAUCACGCCUGUCCCGAUAACAAGCUGUUUGACAGCGACUUGGGCAUGUGCAUGGCCGAUGAGCAUGACAUACGGAAGAGAUCCGUGGAGCCUGAGGAAAAAUUCAUCUGCGAAGCCAAUUCGAAGCGUUCAGUGCCAGCGAAUUGCUCCCAAUAUGAGAUCUGCUUGGAUGGCAACUGGCGCAGGCGCAGCUGCUCCGAGGAGCGCUACUACAAUCCGGAGCAGCAGCGCUGCCUGGAGCCACGAGAUGACAUGGUCUGCAGCUAUGCGCGAGUGCUGGGCUUGCCGCCUUGCGAUGCGAGCAGCGAGUCGGAGACGAUUCCGAGCAGAGCUGGCAAGGGCAGCUGCCUGCAAUUCUUCCGGUGUGCGGCGGGCAAGUGGCGGCUGCGUAGCUGUCCCAGGCGGCACUACUAUGCAGCGCAGUUGCGCACCUGUCUGCCCAUGCCGGAGAUCGAGGGCGAUGACUUCUGCAGCUGGCUGAAUCGCAGCGAGGGCCAGGGAUCGAAGGGCUGCCAGCACUUGACCGUGCGUCCGUACGGAAUGGCCUGCGACAAGUUUCUGAUGUGCAUGGAGAACGUCUGGUGGAUACAGCAGUGCCCGCUCGGCAUGUACUUUAGCCAAGAGAUCAACUACUGUCUGCCCAACGAUGGCGAGCAGUGUCGCUUGGACACGGCCUGUGUGGAUGGGCAGCAGCGCGCCUUGGCCACCAGUUGCCGCUCCUAUGAGCAGUGCGUCAAUGGUCGCUGGCUGACAAAGACCUGCGCCAAGUCGGAGGAGUUCGAGCCGCAGCUGGGCUGCAUGCGAUCUAAUGGCAGCUGCCAGGGCAGCGGCUUGCGACGCACGUGUCAGCAGGGCGAGCUGCGAGCUGUGUCUCUGCCCGAUGCGAACUGCACUCAGUUCUUUUACUACUGUAACGCGGACGAGUGGCACCUGAGCAGCUGCUUGCGCGACAACAGCUUUUCGCGCCAGCUGAACAGGUGCCAGUCCCUGGCGAAGUGUCAAAGUGCAGUCGCAGCUGCAGCUGAGCUGAAGGCUCAGCCCAGCAGCAGCAGUUGCCUUGGCCAGCCCGACGGACUGAGCGUUGCGGAUGCGACGGACUGCACACGGUUUUACCUAUGCCUGCAGGAGCAGCCGGCGCUGCCUCAGAGCUGCGGCUCGGGCAGCUUCUUCGAUGCGCUGCUGGGCUAUUGUCGACCCAACGAUGGCAGCUGCCGGCCCACUGACUCGGUGUGCUCCAAUAGCACAGUGGGCACAUUAAUAGCGCACGCGACAAAUUGUCAGGCAUAUUACAACUGCAGCAGCUUUGGCUCUAGUGCGAACAGCAGCUACAGCCAGAAUGCCACAGAGUUGCAGUACUGCCCGAAGGGCCAGUACUUUAACAAAAUGCUGGCGCAGUGCCAACUGGAUCAGGGUCAGUGCCGGCAGAAAUCGUUGUCCGACUCGCAGGGCCUCUGCAAGAAAGUGGCCCAUGGCACGCGACUGCCCCAUCAGCUGUACUGCAAUCAGUAUUACGCCUGCGUGCACGGACUGGCCAUUCCGGCGGAGUGUGAAGCCAAGCAGGUCUACAAUGCCAGCCUGGCGCGCUGCGAGCCGGCGGCACAGCAGAGCUCCGAGUGCCAGCGUGGACAACUGGGCAAAGGGGACGGAGGUGGAGACGGCGGCAACAGCAGCGCUCUCUUUAGCUGCGAGCAUCUGCCGGAUGGCAGCUAUGUGGCCGACUCCAAGGACUGCACUAGGUACUACAUUUGUGCUGGGGGCGUGGCACUUAUGCAGCGCUGCGGCAGCGACAGCUACUUCAAUGCCGAGCAGCUGCUCUGCACCCAAGACGAUGGCUUUUGUCCGUAUGUCAUCAAUGAGGCCGCUCAAAAUUUAACCAAUUCAACAAUUAUCAGCGACCAGAAGCCCAAGCCCAGCCCAGUGCAGUGCGAGGGCAAAAAUGGCCAGCUGUUGCCAGACCUGGCCAAUUGCAACAAUUUCUACAUCUGCAUCUCAAACAAGCUGCGCGGAGAGCGUUGCUAUGCGGGCUACUUCUUCAAUGCAACCCUGAAGCAGUGUCAGCCGUACGAGCUGGCCACGGACGAGGAGCUGCAGGAGGUGCAGGAGCUGAAAUCAGAUGUUAUGGAAACGGAUUCACUGGACCCACUUGCCACACAGUCGCCCAAGAAUUGCAGCGAUGCACCUGCUGACAUUGCCAAUCUGUGCGAGCUGAUCGACGAGGGCGUCUCCAUCGCCGAGCCGGGCGAUUGCCGGCGUUACAUCAGCUGCGAUGAGGACGAGCCCAUCUCGCAGCGCUGCCGCAAUGGCGAGAGCUUCGACAGCCUGCUGGGCAUUUGCCGGCAGAACGACGGCACCUGCCUCAUGGAGAAUGGCGAACGUGUGGGCGUCUGCAGUGGCAAACACGGCCAACUGGCUCGGGAUGCCAACAAUUGUCGCGGAUAUUUUGUGUGUCUGCACGGCCAGAAGAUCGAGGCUGAGUGCGAGGCGGGGCAGUUCUUCAGCAAGACUACAAACUCGUGUGAAACGGACGUGCUGCAGCAGUGUAGCAACAAUUCCAACGAAUUGGCUAAGGGCGACGAGUGAGCUGGGAAGACAUCU